AUGUCUGAUCCAGAGAAAAAGUGCUCUGGGGCCGAUUGCGACAACAAGGCUGGAACCCUGCAAUGCCCAACGUGUCUGAAGCAGGGUGUGGAAGGGAGCUACUUCUGCGCCCAAGACUGCUUCAAGAGGAACUGGUCCACACACAAGGCGAUGCAUAAGGCUCAAAAAGCUGGCGGAUUCUAUAAUCCGUUUCCGACAUACAGAUACACUGGAUCUGUUAGACCCGUUUACCCACUUUCGCCCCGACGAUCUGUGCCCAAAACAAUUCAGCAUCCCGACUGGGCCGAAACGGGUAUUCCAAAGCGUGAGGCGCGCCUAGACAGGAACAAGGUCGAACUCUUAGAUGAGAAUGGCCAAGAGGCCAUGCGCAAGGUGUGCAGAUUGGCUCGAGAAGUACUCGACAUAACCGCUGCAGCGAUAAAGCCUGGAGUGACCACAGAUUUCCUGGAUGAAAUCUGCCACAAUGCCUGCGUCGAGCGAGAGUCAUAUCCAUCUCCUCUCAACUACAGGAAAUUUCCCAAGUCAUUGUGUACAUCUCCGAAUGAGGUUGUGUGCCACGGCAUCCCGGAUCAGCGAAUUCUUCUAGACGGAGACAUUCUCAACCUUGACAUUUCUAUCUACCACGGCGGAUAUCAUGCCGAUUUGAACGAGACUUACUACGUUGGUGACAAGGCUAAAGCGGACCCAGACUCGAUCAGACUCAUUGAAACGACGCGAGAGGCCUUGGACAUGGCUAUUGCGAUAAUCAAACCAGGUGUACCCAUUCGAGAGUUUGGCAAGAUCAUCGAAAAGCACGCGACCUCCAGGGGGCUUACCGUCGUGAAAACUUGGGGUGGCCACGGUAUCAACUCAGAGUUCCACCCUCCUCCUUGGAUCCCUCACUAUGCUAAGAAUAAGGCUGUGGGAACUUGUAAACCUGGGAUGACUUUCACCAUUGAGCCUAUCCUGGCUUUGGGCAGCAAUCGGGAGGUGUACUGGCCGGAUGAGUGGACAAAUGUCACCGUGGAUGGCAAACGAACGGCACAAUUCGAGCAUACUAUGCUUGUGACAGAAACAGGCGUCGAAGUCCUGACAGCGAGACUGGAGAACUCGCCAGGAGGGUCGAUCCCUAUACCGGAUGUUGCAGUCGGAAACGCAAAUGGAAGAACAAACAAAUAA